AUGUUUAUGAUCUUCUCAUCAUGUGCAGCUCCUAAAGGUGUUCAUGUGGCUAGCAAAAGUUUUCCAAGAAUUAAAAUAGUGACAUCUGAGAUAAAGAUUGGUUUGAAUGAAGAUUUUUGUGUCAUACCGGGCAUGGGCGAGUUUGGAGAUCUAUAUUUCGGAAUUGAUGAUGACAAUGAACAAGUGGUCGUUUCUUCACAGUAG